AUGAAAGCGAUAGAUUUGAAACCAAUGCACACUUCGUUGGAAGAUACUCGCGAGGAACUGAUUCUACUUGAAAGCGAUAUUAACGCAUCAGUGAAUCAGAUGGUUCUUCAAGAAAAUGCAAUAUUAUCAGAACUAUCCACAUACAAAGACAUAAUGGAUAACAUUGUGAAGGAAUUUGAUGCACAACUGAGCGAAUACCAAAUGAUUCUGCUUGAUUUUACAAGAAGAAAUGAUUACAUUGAAGAGUCAACGAAAUACAUUCCAAUCGUUCUUGUGCUUCCAUUGAUUCUUGUCAUUUUGUCCGUUAUUGGAUUGAUGUCUUUGUUUUUAAGAUACCUGGGAAAUUUCUGCAGUGAUGACGCUGACGAACAGUUUCCAAUACGAAGUGCCGUUUCCGACAUUGGUGCAAGAAUUCUUGACCUUGGCGGCUACAUAGCCUUAUUUGUUAGCUCGAUUCUAUUCCUCAUGGUUGCGUUAUGCUUUGUGUUGGCAUUUGUGUCGAUGUUUCUGUGCGUGGGACUAUUUGAAGAUCACGAUUUACGACUACUUAGCACGCUGCCAAGAAAUGAGUUUGCAGUGGAUCUCGGAAAGGAGAAAAUACGUUUCCUACUUUAUGAAAUUUUGUACAAAUGCAAAAAUGGUUUCUCAUUUUUUGACGCUAUCGAUGGUGAUCAGAUAUGGGCACGAAAGGAGAUGGGAGGGAAACUCACUGCAUUGAGAAGAAAGAGCUUUCGUCGUCGACUUCGAAAUUUCUAUGUGGACUAUCAACUUGUAGAUGAUGUUAAUAAAAGAAUUGUGGACUUAAAGAAAGCAGCUUGUUAA